AUGGACUUGGAGGACUACCUGAGUGGUUCCCGUGACUUCGCACAUAUAGAUAUCUACAAGGUUGCACUAUUGUCUCGCGCCAAGAGGGAGGGCACUGCAGUUGAUCCAAUUGACAUUUGGGCAGGACUAUCACAUCCCGGUUCACCACUCAGACCACUUCAUUCCAUUGCCCAGUGCCUUCUCUCUAUCUGCCCAAAUUCUGCCUCUUGCGAGCAAACCCUCACGCUCAUCGCAGAACUCAAGAUGUACAUUCACGAAGAGCACGCACGAAACAAUGUCGUCAAGAAGCAGCUUAAGCGCCGGUACUCUGUUGAUGAAGAGGAAGUUUUUUCUGCCACAGAAAUGAUGCACUCAGUGCCCACUACUGAUUCAUUCACUCCCAUUGCCAUCAGCGAAUUGCUUGAUUAUUCUCGCGCUGAGGAAUGGCUGGGAUCUUUCUACAAAACGGCCAUUAGAGGUUUAGAUGCCGAGCUCGAGUUGUACGAGCUUCUCGACUUAGAUGCAGAAGGAAUCGAAGAUCCGGAGUUUCCUCAAGUUGAUGAUGUCCUUGCUGAAUAG